AUGCAGGUUACUCACCUGGACCAUCUUUCGUUUCUCGGCGCCGGUACAAACACCUACUACUGUACCAUUCUUCGCCAAUAUCACGACGUCGGAACUCCGGGCGUGCCCACAUAUUCGGGGCAUAUUGGACUGAAGGGUGAUACACAAGAGAAACCGAAAAGGUCGUUCUUCUGGUAUUUCCCUGCUGAACACGAUGCUAACAAUGCGCCUGUCAUCCUGACGGUUGGAGGCGGGCCAGGAACCAGUGGAUUGAUCAACCCUGUAUUCGGUCAGUCGCCUUGCACGAUGACCAAAGACGGACUUGUGCGAAACCCCGAGAAGAGUGAAUGGAGCGAACAUUACAACCUCGUCGGGCUCGACCAUCCGGUCGGUGCUGGUUAUUCUUAUGGAUCAAGGGUCAAUAACAGUCGUGAUGCAGCUUAUGAUGUGUACGAUUUCUUACAGAAGUUCUUCUCCAUCUUUCCCGAGCUCUCCAGGAAUCAGUUCUACGUGUCUGGGGGGUCGUACGGUGGCAUCUAUGUUCCGCACAUAGCUACAGUUAUACAUGAGCAGAACCAGCGACAUACAGGUGCCAUUAAUAUCAAUUUAGAGGCUCUGCUUGUCAGCAAUCCCUUCUCUGAUCCUGCCUCGCACUACAAGUGGCAGCUCUACUACAUGUGCACAUUGACCGAUGUAUACAACUCCACCACCUGCGCGGACCUGCAUGCUGUUCUACCGUCUUGCCUCGAAAGCAUCGAGAUGUCGAUGUUGUCUCCCACUCUGGACAACAAGCUCGCGUCACUCAAAGUAUGUAUAGCUAUCAAGGAAGGUGACACCCAUGGUAGAGUAAUCGAGGAUGUUCGACGUGUGGUGCACGACCCAUUGUCAUGUCACUCCGAAUUCACUUGGGCAACUAAGUUUUUCAACAGUUCAACUACGAAGGCGUUACUUGGUGUCCCGGACUAUGUCAAUUAUACGUCGUUUAGCGGUGAUGUGAGUAAUGACUUCAUAGGGAACGCAGAUAUAUGGCACAGGCAUUACCUCCUCUACGAACCACUUCUUCAAAGUGGUAUCCGUGCACUGCACUGGAUAGGCGCUCGCGACGCCAACUGUCCUUGGCCAGGAGUCCUCUCAUUCCUCAAACUCUUACGGACGCCGUUCCAGCAAGAGUUCCUCGCAGCGCUCGAUUUGUCUUGGUCUGACGGGGAAGCGACUGUCCGCGCCAUUGGUGCUGGGGCGGGGAAUAUGACGUACAUCCUCUUGGCUGAGGCGGGUCAUUUUGUGGUCAAAGAUCAGCCUGCACUUGCGAAGAAAAUCGUGGAGGGAUGGAUUGAGAACAAGCCUUGGUUUGACUAG